AUGUCCUGCAAGGCUCUGGCCCUCUGCCUCCUGGGGCUCCUGGCUCUCUCCUCCGCUUGCUACAUCCAGAACUGCCCCAUCGGGGGCAAACGCGCCGUCAUGGACAUGGAAAUCAGGAAGUGCCUGCCCUGCGGCCCCCGGAACAAGGGCCACUGCUUCGGGCCCAACAUCUGCUGCGGGGAGGAGCUGGGCUGUUACAUCGGCACCUCCGAGACCCUGCGCUGCCAGGAGGAAAACUUCCUGCCCGCCCCCUGCGAGUCGGGACACAAACCCUGCGGCACCGGCGGGAGCUGCGCCGCCCCCGGCAUCUGCUGCAGCACCGAGGGUUGUGGGACUGACUCAUCCUGUGACCAAGAGCUGCUGUUUGUGUAG